CUUCUCAUCCCUCACCACUCUCCCUCUUCUGCCCCUGUAAUUCCCUUUCCCAAUCCCACCCUUGCCACCACUCUUCACUGCCCUUCUCUUCUCUUGGUAUUUACCAGAUCAAUUUACCCGCCAAUUUUCCUUCUUUCCAUUUUUUCAAAUUUCCCCCAAUUCCCACAAACCCUAAUUCUUUACUCCGUCCCAACUCCCACUCGUUCCUUGCCGUGUCGUGUGGUGUCGCGUUCUUGCUUCUUCCUUCGUCUUUAGUGAUACCCACUUCCUGUUUUUCGCUUGUUCAGUUUAUUUUAAGUGGGUGCGGUUUCUGGGCCUAGUUACGUUUCCAUGUGCGUUGUGAAGUUCAGGCAUAUUUUGACACAAAUCGAAAGAGCAGUGUCUUUGACCAUCUGAAUACAAACUCGUAGUUCCUUUUGACAGCUGAUUUUGUGCUGGUGACAUAUCGUGAUUGAUUUCUUCAAUGGCGAACCACGAUUUGAUUCUUGGGCAACGGCACAAUUUAGGUAUGGGGCAGAACCAACAGUUGGUACUAGGUCAUAAUCAUAAUUUGGGUCUGGGCCAGAACCAUGAGAUGGAAAUGGGACAAACCCAUGAGCAUCAUUUGGGUUUAGGACAGCAAAACCAUGAAUUGGGUUUAGGACAUCCUAAUGAUCAUGACUUGGGUUUAGGACAGAACCAAGACCAACAAGAGGAAGAUGGUCAGGACUACGGAAAUGAGAAUGAGUUAGCUAUGGAACGGAAACCUGAUCAUGGUGACCAUGAAUUGGCUCUCACCGAACAAGGUCAUGAGUUAGCUUUAGCUGAGCAUAAUGAAUUGGCUGUUUCAGAAAGUCAAGAUCUUGAUGAGAAUCUAGAAUUAGCAGUGGACCAGCACCAUGAAAUGGCAAUAGAACCUGUCGACGAUUUGAGUCUCCACCAUUCCCAUCUUAUGGUUAGCACUCCUGUCAUACAGGCUCGCACUCUUGCUCAAAAUCCCACUUACGAGCUGGUGGUCGGGCAAGAGUUCCCAGAUGUUAAGAGCUGCCGCAGGGCAUUGAGGGACACAGCUAUUGCCCUUCACUUUGAAAUGCAAACCAUAAAGUCUGACAAGACUCGUUUUACUGCCAAAUGUGCAACUGAGGGAUGCCCAUGGCGCAUACAUGCUGCAAAGCUCCCAGGUGUUCCGACCUUCACAAUCCGGACCAUUCAUGAGAGCCAUACAUGUGGAGGAAUUUCUCACCUUGGCCAUCAGCAAGCCUCAGUUCAGUGGGUUGCAAAUUCUGUGGAGCAACGGCUCAGGGAAAAUCCUAAUUAUAAGCCAAAGGAGAUAUUGGAGGAGAUUCAUCGGGUUCAUGGUAUUACCUUAUCAUACAAGCAAGCCUGGCGAGGCAAGGAGCGGAUUAUGGCUGCCAUGCGUGGGUCUUUUGAAGAAGGGUAUCGCUUGCUUCCUCAAUACUGUGAACAGGUUAAACGAACAAAUCCGGGGAGUAUUGCUUCUGUUUAUGGAAAUCCAGCUGAUAACUGCUUUCAGCGUCUCUUUAUAUCAUUCCAGGCAUCAAUUUAUGGUUUUCUGAAUGCCUGUCGACCCCUCCUUGGACUUGAUCGGACAUUUUUGAAAAGCAAAUACUUGGGUACUUUGCUUCUUGCUACUGGUUUUGAUGGAGAUGGCGCUCUGUUUCCUUUGGCAUUUGGUGUUGUUGAUGAGGAGAAUGAUGAUAAUUGGAUGUGGUUUCUGUCUGAACUUCAUAAUCUGCUUGAAAUUAAUACAGAAAACAUGCCAAGGCUUACUAUUUUGUCAGACAGGCAGAAGGGCAUUGUAGAUGGAGUGGAAGCAAACUUUCCAACUGCUUUUCAUGGGUUUUGCAUGCGUCACUUGAGUGAAAGCUUUCGCAAGGAGUUCAAUAACACAAUGCUUGUCAACCUUUUGUGGGAAGCUGCUCAUGCUUUGACUGUGAUUGAAUUUGAAGCAAAAAUUUUGGAGAUUGAGGAGAUAUCUCAGGAUGCUGCUUACUGGAUUCGGCGAAUUCCCCCUCGUUUGUGGGCCACAGCUUAUUUUGAAGGGACACGGUUUGGUCAUUUGACAGCUAACAUAGUUGAAUCAUUAAAUACUUGGAUUUUAGAAGCCUCUGGGCUUCCUAUCAUUCAGAUGAUGGAGUGCAUUAGGAGGCAGCUCAUGACUUGGUUCAAUGAACGCCGGGAGACCAGCAUGCAGUGGACAUCAAUUCUUGUGCCUUCUGCUGAGAGACGUGUUGCAGAAGCCCUAGAACGUGCACGCACUUAUCAGGUGCUUCGUGCUAAUGAAGCUGAGUUUGAAGUUAUAUCUCAUGAAGGGACAAACAUUGUGGACAUUCGAAACCGCUGCUGCCUUUGUCGGGGAUGGCAGCUGUAUGGUUUACCCUGUGCUCAUGCUGUGGCUGCUCUCCUCUCUUGUAGACAGAAUGUCCAUCGGUUUACUGAGAGUUGUUUCACUGUGGCAACCUAUAGAAAGACAUAUUCGCAGACUAUUCAUCCAAUUCCAGAUAAAAGUCUAUGGAAAGAGUUGUCAGAGGGAGAUCCAAAUGCACACAGAGCAGUUGAGGUUAUUAUCAACCCACCAAAAUCACUUAGGCCUCCUGGUCGACCACGGAAGAAGCGAGUUCGGGCAGAAGAUAGGGGACGUGUUAAGCGAGUAGUGCAUUGUAGUCGUUGCAAUCAGACAGGCCAUUUUAGAACAACAUGUGCAGCACCAAUCUAGUUUACUGUUGAACGUGUGUUCACUACUGUGAAAAAGGAUUCUUCUUUUAUUAUUGUUCAUGUAGUUCUUGGUAGUUAUUAGGAUUCAAGUAAAUGCUUAACUUAAUUUUAUGUGACUUGACAGUAUUGUGGAUUUAGCUCAUUAUCAGUCAUCUUAUGAGUGUUCGCUUCAAUAAUGCAUUCAUGGUAGUAGUAUUCAAUGGGCUAGAUUUUAAUUUUUGAUAUUAUGUAAAUCUUUAGUAUUCUUGGCUGCUAGAGAUGUAAAUUGUUAGCUUAUUCUCA